UAACAGCCCCCUAAUUAUUAUAUUAAAAAGCAACAAAAAAACUAUCAAUUCCAAAUUGGGUUUUCAUAAUAGACUGAUUCCAUAAUGAAACACACUAACACAACUUUUAAUAUAUAAUCAUAUAAUAAAUAAAGGACCACUAUUGUCCUACUAUCAAUGCAUACGGCUUCUCUUUACUCUUGUUCAUCAAAUAAAAGUUCUAGCUUGAAUAUAAUUGCUCUGUCUGACUGUCUCCAUUGAUUACCAAACAUGGCUGUUGAACUAGUUGCUGGUGCUUUGCUAUCUUCUUCACUUCAGGUAGAUUUAUUUUAACCAUACAAUCACAAGGCAUGUAAAUACAUUAGCUUUUGUUCCUUAAUUACUACUUUUUCUCAAGAAUGAAAAUUGGCUGCUGAUCUUUUAGCUGUGCUCUACUUUCUGCUUCACUUCAGGUCUUGUUUGAACGAUUGGCCUCUGUGGACAUACCCCGGUUGUUCCAGGGAAAGAAAGCGAUCUUGGAUCAGCUAGAUGAGCUGAACACUGUGUUGCUAUCAGCUAAUGUACUCCUCAAUGAUGCCGAGGAGAAGCAACUUCAAAACGAUGAGGUUAGGAAGUGGCUGUUCAAGCUUCAAGAUGUCAUCUAUCAAGCUGAUGACUUGCUCGAUAGGAUUGACUAUGAAGCACUAAGAUCCAAGCUUGAAGAUGAUGAUCAGUCUGGAAGCAGUAGUGCCAGCAAGGUAUUUAGCCAGCUGAAAUCUUUGUCAUUUUUCAUGUCUGAAUUUGAUAAAUCUGUUCAGCUUGAUUCCAUGGAGAUCCUUCGUAAGCUGAAGAUUCUGGUUGAUCAAAAGGAUGCUCUUGGACUAAGAGAAUUAGGUGCACUCAACAAACCUUCACCAAGGCCGCUUGCUCCUCUGGUGGAGGAAUCUGAUGUUUAUGGGAGGGAUGCUGAAAAACAACUCAUUGUUGAUUUGUUACUAACGGAUGAUGUUGAUGGUGGUAAUAAGAUUUCUGUGAUCCCGAUUGUCGGGAUGGGUGGUGUGGGCAAAACCACUCUUGCACAACUUGUUUAUGAUGAUGAAAGAGUUCAAAGUCAUUUUGAGGUAAAAGUAUGGGUUACUGUAUCAGAUGAGUUUGAGAUUUCAAAGAUAACGAAAGAGAUCUAUGAAGGGGUCACUGGCAACAAAUGUGAUACUCAGAGCUCAGACGAAUUGAUUAGAAGGAGAUUGAAGGAAGUAUUGAAGGGGAAGAAGUUUCUGUUUGUUCACGAUGAUGUGUGGAACGAGUCUUAUUCUUUGUGGGACAGUUUGAAGAGUUCUUUUGAGUCUGGAGCAAAUGGAAGUAAGAUUCUUGUGACUACCCGAAGCAAAAUUGUGGCCUCUACUAUGGCCACUGGACAUAUUCAUCAUAUACAAACUUUGUUGGAUGAUGAUUGUUGGCACUUAUUUGUCAAACAUGCAUUUGGUAAUAAUUUUGAUGAGAACAACUUUGAAGAGUUGCAAGCGGUUGGAAAAAAAGUAGUGGGCAAGUGCAAAGGUCUUCCCUUGGCAAUAAAAUGCCUUGGUGGAUUUUUACGUGGUGAACGAAAUGCUGAAAAAUGGAAGAACGUACUCAAUAGCGACACAUGGAACAAUCUGUACAAAAAGGAGGGUUCCAUUCUUCCAGCUUUAUGGUUGAGCUAUCGUCACUUACCUACACAUCUCAAGCAGUGCUUUGCAUAUUGUUCCAUAUUUCCUAAAGAUUAUGAAUUUGAAAAAGAAAAUUUGAUUUUGUUAUGGAUGGCUGAAGGUUUUCUUCCAAUGGAUACAAAAAGUAAAAAGAUGGAGGACUUUGGAAAGGAAUACCUUGAAGAUCUCUUAUCACGGUCCUUCUUUCAACAUUCAAGUAGUAAGACGAAUGGACCCCGUCUCCAAAUGCAUGACCUCGUACAUGAUUUAGCCAUACUUGUAUCAGGUGACUUUUGUUACAGAUUAGACUUGAACCGUGAUUUACUUGGCUUUUCAACAAAUGUUCGUCAUGUGUCAUGUCAGGGGAGCAAUAACAACCUUACUAGUUUGAGUAAAGCUUGUUGUCUGCGUACCUUUAUAGCAUUGUCAUUGCGGACACCACUUGGACAAGUCUCUCCAAACUACUCGGUCCUCUUUGAGAUGUUGCUUACAAAGGGAAGUUGUUUAAGAGUGCUUUCUUUGAGCAAUACUUCUUUCGAGAAGUUACCUGAUUCAAUUGGCAAUCUGAUACAUUUAAGGUAUUUGGAUUUGUCUUAUACUGACAUUGAAGAGUUAUCUGAUUCGAUUUGUAGUUUGUUCAAUUUACAAACUUUAUUGUUGACAUGGUGUGGAAACCUUUCUCAAUUACCAAAGAGUAUGAGAAAAUUGACCAAGUUGCGUUACUUAGAUAUUAAAGGUGUACCUUUGAAUGAGCUGCCACAAGGAAUCAAUGAGAUGAAAUACUUGCAAAUCUUACCAAAGGUAUUAUUGAGUGUCAAGCAUAAUGAUGAUGGGUUUAAAAUUACAGAGUUAGCAAAUGCUGAACAUCUACGUGGAGAGCUUAAGAUUUCUGGUCUGGAAAAUAUUAAUGAUGCGAAGGAGGCUUCAAAAGCUAAUUUAAAGGGUAAGAAGGACCUUAAGCAACUAACUUUGAGUUGGGACAAUGAUGUUGAUGGGGUUGAUAGUUCGGAAGAAGAAUUAGAUGUACUUGACGCACUUCGACCCCAUACAAACAUGGAGGAUCUUGUGAUUAUAAACUAUAGAGGCACAACAUUCUCGAACUGGAUUAGUGAUUGUGCAUUUUCUAAUUUAGUAUCAAUCUGUUUGAAAGAUUGUAAAAGCUGCUGGUUUUUGCCACCACUCGGACGACUACCUUCUCUGAAAGAUCUCACAAUUAAAGGAUGUGAUAGUGUGCUGUCAAUAGGUGAUUCUGAGAUGCAUCACAGCAGUUAUCCUCUAUUCAUUUGUUUAGAAAGUUUAUUUAUUCAAGAUAUGUUGAUGUGGAAAGAAUGGUCAUUUGGUAAUAAAGCCAUUCUUCAAGGUCAAGUAUUACCUCUUCUAAAAUCGCUUUAUGUGAAUAAUUGUCCCAAGCUUAAUGUUGGGUUACCUUGUUAUCUUCCAUCCUUGGAGUAUCUCCAUAUUGAGAAUUGUGAAGAAAUGGAGGUUUUGGUUCCGAGAACUACUCAACAGACUGUCACAGCUUCACCCUUUCUUAUGGAGAUACAUAUAUGGUAUUGUCCAGUGUUGGAGUCACUUCUAGAUUGGGGAUCACACUCCAAAGUAGAGAGUAUUUGGUUAGGGUACACAGAAGCACUUUUUGAGAACCUUAGUAAAUGGGAUCUGCAGAAACUCUCAUGUUUGAAAUCCCUAUAUAUCAUUGGGUGGGAAGAUGAAUCGUUUCCUGAGGAAGGGGUCCUUCCUAUCACUCUUGAGGAACUUGACAUCAGUUUUUGUAGCAACCUUGAGACCCUAAACGGGAAGGCCUUUCAACAACUCACAUCCCUUCAGACAUUGGAUAUUUAUAAUUGUCCAAGGCUGCGGUGUUUGCCAGAAGAAGGGCUGCCUACAUCUCUUACUCGUUUAGAUAUAGACCAUUGUCCUUUGGUAGAGCAACGGUGUGAGAAAGAGAAAGGAGAAGAUUGGCCUAAAAUUCAACACAUCCCACGAGUGUUCGUAUGAUUAAAAUUAUCAAUUAAAUGAGUUGAUGAUGAUCGAAGCCAAAACUUUCUUUCUAAAAUCCAUUGAUGAAUUGUAUGCUGGCUUCAACAGUGCAAAUUUUAUCAGGGUGAUCAAGUUAAGAAAGAUGUGAAUUUGUGGGUGGAAAAAGAGACUAAAGGUUGAUCAAACAAAUUUUGUGCGAGAGAGAAAGAUUAGGAACACUACUCUGUGUUGCAAAUGCAUUAUAUUUCAAAGGAGCAUGGCAAGUUUAUUUCAAGGCCUCCAACACUAUAGAGCAUGAGUUUUACCUUCUCAACGGAAAAACAACCCGACUACCUUUCAUGAAUGCUCAUCAUGUUUACCACUCCUACUCCUCCAACGAUCGUUUCAAGGCUCUCAAACUCGAAUAUCAAAGAGACAAGAAACAGCCAGUAGGAGACCUCUUAAUAAGCCUCCUCCGCUGCCUACCUUUGAAGCUGAUUUAUGUUUAUGAUGAUUGUUGAAGAGUCUUCUCAGCUUGUUGUCUUCACUGGAACACUUGUUCAUCCAAAAAGCUAAUAAUUGAAAACCCUUUUGCUCUUCUUAUUAUGAUUAUUAUUAUUAUAAACAGAAUUUGUAGUGUCGUUUGUGUCAUUACUGAUAAACAGUUAUUCAAAUUUACUAGUGGGAGCAAUUUGUUAGUGGCAUAAAAAUAAUAUUUGGCAUUUGAAUAUUUCUGAGAGAAAAAGGUUAAUGAUGAUUGCCUCAAUUAUUUUCUUCAUUUGCUGAGAAAUGACUAGUUUGACUUUUACAAAUUUCUACAAGUUAGCAAUGCUUAACAAAGGUAGGAUGAUGGGUUUAAAAUUACAGAGUUAGCAGACGCUGAACAUAUACAGGGGAAAACAAGCUUCACAUUUCUGGUGUGGAGAACAUUAUUGAUGCAAAUGAGGCUUUAAAAGCUAAUUUAAAGGAUAAGGGACCUUAUGAAACUAACUUUGAUGGACUUCGACCACAUACAAACUUGAAGCCUCUUGAGAUUGAAAGUUACUGAUUAUGCAACAUUUUCUAAUUUAGUAUCCAUCAGUUUGAGAAAUCACCACUCGGACAACUAGC